GGGUCGUUCGGUCAUAGACAGCGAUUUUUUGGUCUAAUCCGGUUUUGGUUCAGAACGUAGUUGUACACCGAGUUUCUAGGCUAUCGUAGGAUAAUUGGAGUACGGACAGGAUCUGGCAUCAAUUCACCGAGAAUUUUAGGAGAUCAUACCGGUUUUCUUGACGUUACGUGCGUAAAUCUAAGUGUACGAAAAUCUAAAAAACUAAUGUUGUACUACUUGAAAAACAUAGUGGCUGAACAUAUAGAUGAAACAUAGUCGCUGUUCCCGUCCGACUCGGCUGGUCAGGUCUGCUUGGCGCAAAGGAACUUUCAUCGAGAGAGUAAAGGGGGCCUCGGGCCCGGAGCACUCGACGGUCGACCGGUGAAGGGAACGGAUCAUCGUCGGUUAUAUUCCAACUGGUUGCUCGGCAAGCGAACCUCGCGUAAAAUGCCGUCGAGUCAGUAAUCAUAGUUGCGGGUAUAACAUUCGAAACAUACACCCUCGGGAAUUCGAUUAGUAACAAAAACGACUAAAGGAUCAGGAUGCGUCAUGGAGAAUCCUAAACAAACAACGACUGUCCAACGGUGUUCGCAGAUAGUCCAAGGACUUUCAUAAUUCGGAACUAUGAACAAGGUUGUGAUCGAAGAUUGACUGUUGAUAAAAAGUGUGUCAAAAAAAAAAAAAAAAAUGACGAAGAACUAGCACCAAGCGUGUCUAGACAGUGAGAAAGACUAAUUGUAUAAGGAAGAUUCGUGAAAGGAUCGGCGUCUCGAAUUUUAAGAAGCUAUAGAUCGAUUUGGCAUUUUCAGUUGGGUAAUUGCACGUCGAGUAGAGCGCGUUUCGACAUCAAUUGGUGGCAAAGAAAGAAACACCUCUCGUGAAAGUUCCUUCGCGUGGUGCGCGAGUGCUUCCUACAGGUUCCCUUGUUUAGCGGAUCCUGCGGAUGUUCGCGUAUCGAAUUGGUUCCUGGUUCGUUGGAUCGUCGAUGUGAUCACGCAGCCGUUGUCCUAUCUGCGGAGAGAAUGAUCUUGGUGUACGGGAUCAUCUUGCCCCUCGUGGGAAGCAUCGCGUACGCCCAAGGACUAAAUUGCGGCCAUCCGGCAGUACCGAUGAACGCCAAGGUAUCGCUGUCCGACGAAUCCUUGACGGUCGGUACCGUGGCAAAGUACACCUGCGAUGCUGGCUACGAACUCUUCGGAACUGGCAGCUUGACAUGCAACGCCCGAGGAAAAUGGCAGGGCGACCUGCCGUUCUGCGGCACGAAUGUGGGUUUUCGCAAACCGGCAAAUCAAUCCACCACCGUGAGAGGUGGAAACGCGAACCACGGUAACGACGGUGAUUUCAGUACGGAACACGACGGGAAAAGAUGUACGGAAACACAGAGCGAACCAAGUCCUUGGUGGAGGGUUGACCUCCUCAAGCCAUAUUCCGUCAAGGUUGUUCGAGUGACGACGCGAGGCUGCUGCGGUCAUCAGCCUCUUCAGGAUAUUGAGAUAAGAGUAGGCAACAGCAGCGCUGAAUUGCAACGCAAUCCUCUGUGCGCCUGGUUUCCUGGUACUAUUGAGGAAGGUAUCACGAAGACCUUCAUCUGUGCCAGAGCACUGUUGGGCCAGUACGUUUUUCUACAACUUGUUGGUGUCGAGGGUAGUCUCAGUCUCUGCGAGGUAGAAGUUUUUGCUACGGAUGAAUUCUCAGUGGACAGAUGCGCCUAUGCCGGCACGCCCGCCGACGCCGACCUGACCGCUUUCAAUUCCACGUGUUACGAAUUCGUAGUGAAGAAAGGCGGUUCCUUUCAAGUGGCGAGAAAUUAUUGCAAGACGCGCGGCGGCGAUCUUGUUCAUGGUUUCAAGGGCAUUUCGUCUGUAUUUAUCCUGAACAAUUUGGAAAGGCGAAAAGACAAACUGAAGACUCAAUUGGUCUGGAUCGGAGCGCAAAAGGAACCGCAAAUCACCGCUCGGACGUGGCGAUGGGUAGACGGCGAAAUCGUGCAAAAGCCAUCAUGGGGCAAGGACCAGCCGAACAACUACAACGGCGAGCAAAACUGCGUCGUGUUGGACGGAGGUCGCGGCUGGCUGUGGAAUGACGUCGGCUGUAACCUCGACUAUCUCCACUGGAUCUGCCAGAGCAGACCGCCAACCUGCGGCAGUCCUGAGAAAUCGGAAAACACCACGAUUGUAGGAUCGAAACGAACAAUAGGCUCGACGAUAGAAUACGUCUGCCCCGACGGAUACAUGCUGGUUGGAUCGAAGACCAGAAUAUGUGGAUCGAGUGGUUUUUGGAGCGGCGAUGUGCCCACGUGCAAGUUCGUCGACUGCGGCGCUUUGCCAGAUUUGGAGAAUGGCGCUAUCACGUUACUGGAAGGCAGAACCACGCACGGUGCUCUCGCGGAUUACGCGUGUAAAGAAAAUUACACUCUUGUAGGCGAUACGAGACGUAGAUGCGGAGACGGUGGUAUCUGGAGCGGCCACCAGCCUCAGUGUCUAUUCAACUGGUGUCCCGAGCCACCGGAAGUGAACGGUGGCAUUGUAACAACGACCGGAAGAAGAGCGGGUUCUACCGCCACUUACUCUUGCCAAAAUGGAUUUAUCUUGUUCGGAGAUAACGUUCUCACGUGUAUGACCGGUGGCGAGUGGUCCGGUAAGGCUCCGCAAUGUCGAUUCGUUGAUUGCGGAGCCCCAGCUCAGAUCGAGUUCGGGAACGUUCUUUUGGUUAAUGGAACGACCACAGUGAACAGUUUGGCUGUUUACACGUGUCAAGAUGAUUACUGGUUGAUGGGCGAAGGAAAGCAAGAAUGCACCAAAGAGGGCAAAUGGAGUCACGACACGCCAUCGUGCGAGUUGAUUACGUGCGACGAACCGGAAGUCUUCACCGGAGGUUACGUUGUGGGAUACGACUUGAACGUUCACAGUGUUAUCGAGUAUCACUGCGACGUUGGUUAUUUGCUUCACGGUGAAGCGAAGCAUUCGUGCGGCAAAGACGGAGAAUGGACAGGAGAGGUGCCGAGUUGUGAAUAUGUCGACUGCGGUAAGGUUCUUCCGGUUUUAAACGGAGCUGCGGACUACGUAAACGGAACGACUCAUCUUGGCAGCGAAAUCACGUACAGCUGCACGAGAAAUUAUAGGUUGAACGGAGUCUCCAGAAGAUAUUGUUUGGAUAACGGUCAAUGGAGCGACGCUACUCCGAAAUGCGAAGAAAUACGAUGUCCGGAACCCGUAUUAGCGGAGCACGGAAUUCUUUCGGUCACCGGAAACGAUCGGAUGUACGGAAGAACGUUGAUUCGCACGGGAACCGCGGAAAACUCGAACACAGGCGCGACUUCGUACAAAAUCGGAGCUUUGGUAAAAUACAGAUGCGAAAGAGGAUACAAAGUGGUCGGAGAACCUCUGUCCACCUGCGAGGAGAAUGGAAAGUGGAGCGGCGAAGUGCCACAAUGCGUCUACGUCGACUGUGGUAAACCUGAGCGCAUUCAACAUGGACGUUACACGUUGACAUCGAACGCGACGUAUUACGGAGCAGCUGCGCUUUACGAGUGCGAUGGCAAUUUCGAACUAGAUGGCUUCGCUAGAAGACUGUGUCUUGAAAACGGCACCUGGAGUAGCGACACUCCUGUCUGUCGAGAAAUUCGAUGCAAAGAUCCGGAAAAAACCGGCGUUCUAUCGACUCAAAUAUCAACUCACAGCGUGGGCGGAGUGGCGCAUUAUAGUUGUCCACGUGGAUUUUACAUGGAGGGAAACGAGACGAGAAUCUGUUUGCAAAAUGGAUCCUGGAGCGGCACGGCACCCGCUUGUUUCUCGGUCGAUUGCAAGCAUCCAGGACCGAUAGAGAACGGAAGAGUGAUAGUGGUGAACAGUUCGACGACUUACGGAGGAGCCGCGGAAUACCAUUGUUUACCACAGUACGAAAGAGUGGGUAUAUUUUUGAGGAAGUGUUUAGACACUGGAUUUUGGAGCGGAGAAGAGCCCAAAUGCGAAUUGGCAGUAAACGAGGUGGCGGAGGCGCAAGGGGUCGGCACGAGCGUUGGCAUCGGAGCCGGAGUUAUUAUAUUUAUAUUAAUUGUUCUCGGACUAGUCUAUCUUAGACUACGAAAAGCUACGCCUGUGAAAAACACUGAAAACGUUCAGGCGGCGGAAAGAAAAGAAGAUCAGAACGCUGCCGUCAUGUCCUACGCGACAUUGAACGACGGCACACCCAACACUAUGUACGAGAACGUUCCUGAAGAUGGUCUCUACGACAAUCCGUAUAGUUUGAGCGGUAGCGCGUACAGAUACGGCGGUCAUCCGCGAAGAAUGUACAACAGAUCGGGACAUUACGAGGCCGAACCAGUUCCCAACAGAAACGGAAUCACUAUCAAUGGCGUGUCCGUGCGAUAGCUCGAAACUCUCGAAAGUCUAUCGGUCAUCCUCUCGUCGAGAAUCGCGCGCGCGGAAAAUCGUCGCCGAUUUUUUGAGACGACACUUUGUGUACAGAAAAUACCGAAGACUUUGUUGGCGUUAUUUAUGUUAAGCGGCUGUUGAGGCCGCGACAAUUUAUGUAAAUAAUCCAAAAAGAAAAAGUAUAAUGUGUGAGAGAUGUUAACGACGUCUGGAAGAAUUCACUUAUCGACAAUGCUCGUCUUUGAAACGAGAUCGAAUAUGUGUACGAGUCUGUAUAUACGGUCUAUCGAUUAUUUAGAUACAUUAUACAUGUAAUCUUUAAGUGAUAUGUUGUAGUUUUAUGAUUGUGCGAAUAAAGAAAUCAGUGCUCUUGUUGUACUUCA